UGCUGUUCGUGAUGAAAUUAUUUAUGAAAAAUAAAUGGAGAAUUUCCCACUGGAUGCUGCUGGGUGUGGGCGUUCUGCUCCUGAUGACGGAGGUGGCAUGCGGAUCCACUGACAACAACCAGCCAACAACCACGAAUGCAACAUGCAGACAUGCCACGGACAUGUGGGGAGAUCCGGACCCCAACAUAUUCUACGUGUGCUCCCGUCCCGAUUCCGCAUCCGCAUCCGAAUCUGAAUCCGACGAUUCUGGCGGACAACCGCUGCAGCUCGAGUGUCCGCCGGGUCGGGGAUUUUUCAGCGGUCUCGGUUAUCUGGGCUGCCUGCCCUACGCCCAGUGGCCAGCCUGCAGGCCCUCGGAGGAGCAGCUGGCCGCCGAGUUGGCAGCUGGCUGUGACAGCGAUACCAGGCCCUGGGCCUCGCCGGAUCCCAAUCAAUUCUACCUGUGCCCCGGGCCGAAGGCCACACCUCUGCUGCUCAGCUGCUCGGGGGGCAAGGGAUUCGUGGCCAAUUCCGAGGUGGUCGGCUGUGCGGAUUGGGCCCAAUGGCGACGCCAGCUGCAAUGCGAGGACUACUACUGAGAUACCAGCCAUAUGUGUACAAGCUAUUUCAAUAAUUGUCCACCCCAGACGAAACAGACUCGAAUCUUAUUUAAUUUAUUGG